AUGUCUACGUCUGGGCCCGUCGGCACCUACUGCGUGGACUCGCUCAUCAACCAUGAGGCGGACGACCUCCUUCCCGCCGCCCGCCUCUCUGCCGCGCGUCCCGCGUCGCUGGUGGCGGACUGCGCGGACUUCCCCUCCUGCAGCUUCGCCCCGAAGCCCCCGGUCUUCUCCACGUCCUGGACCCCCGUGCACGCGCAGAGCUCCGUGGUCUACCAUCCCUACUCGCACCAGCCGCAUCUGGGCGCCGAGUCUCGGUACAUGCGCUCCUGGCUGGAGCCCGUUUCAGGCGCGGUGCCUUUCCACGGAUACCCGUCCAGCAACCGGCACGCUUUCCCGGAGCACCGGAGCGGCGAGUGUCUGGGCCCCGGCGGACGGACCUACACGGACUAUCUGUACUGCGACGUGCGGGACAAGACGCAGCAGCAGAACCUGCCCUCCCCAGAGUCGGAGCUGGUGGCUUCGGGCAAACUCACAGACGAUAAGCCAGAGAUGGACCCGAACAACCCGGUGGCCAACUGGAUCCACGCCCGCUCCUCGAGGAAGAAGCGCUGUCCCUACACCAAGUACCAGACUCUGGAGCUGGAGAAGGAGUUCUUGUUCAACAUGUACCUGACCCGGGACCGACGCUACGAGGUGGCCCGGGUCCUGAACCUGACGGAGCGGCAGGUGAAGAUCUGGUUCCAGAACCGGCGGAUGAAGAUGAAGAAGCUGAACAAAGAGAAGAGCGACGGCGGCAAGGAGUCGUGACGUGGACCAGAGCGGUUCUGUUGGACUUUCUGUCGAACUGACGAACACUCUUCAAACUUGGUCCAAAAUUUCACCUCAUCCGCCUGGACCUUUCAAGCAGGCGAACGUUGUGUCGAACCUUUGUAUGUGUCCGCCGGUGUUGGUGUAACUUUUGUCUGUAACUCUUAAAGAUGUGCAAACCCACGUCUGGCCUGCGUCUCCUUUCAAACACGCGAGGAUCCGGCCGCUGGUCUGGAGGUUCGGCUGCGGCCCGUGACCUCUGCGGCGAAAUCUAGGGCCCAAACACAUCCGAGCUAGUCAAGAGCUUCAUCUGCCGCCUUCGUUCAGAGGACAUUUUUAUGUGGCUUUAAACGGGAUUUGAAAA